AUGCUACUGGGUGCCCGGGUCCACUACGCUAGUUACAUGCGAAAGGCCCUUGCCAAUGCCUACGUCUCGCCUACGCUGAAACUCUCGCUAGAAGGGAUUGGACAUUGGUGCUUUGGGGGUGUGGAUGCAAAAGCCAAAGCCUUCGAUUGGAACCGGUGCUACCUUUACCAGGUGCAGCAGGAUGGCCUUCAGCUGCCCUCAGAUCCGGGGUCCUGGCACGCCUGGAAUGAGCGCAGCCAACGGUGGACGCAGCUGAACGUCCGCGUUUCGGAGGUAGCCUUCUCCGACGACGCGCAGCGCCUGGUGUUGGCGCAGGGCGAAGUGGCGCAGCUUCGGGGCUUUGCGGAGCUGCGACGCAGGCAGCGCCGCGAUUGGUGGCGGCCACCUGCACCCCCAGCGCCACCACCGCCGCCGGACGCGACAGACAGCUGCGAGGGCGCCGACUUGGAAAUGGCCCGAAUGGCCCGCAGAGCAGCAGGCCUUUGUCAGCUGGGAGUUGAUUUGUCUACGGCGCUCUUUGAUGAUGGACAGACUCUGCUGAUGUUGGCUGCGGAGCAAGGAUGGACUGAGCUGUGCCGCUAUCUCUGUGUGACUUCGUGUCGCAGCUCGUAUCUCGAUGCGCGAGAGGAGGAAACUGGCUACACGGCCGUGUUCUACGCCACUAGGGAAGGGCACUUGGACAUCCUGAAGCUGUUGCUAGGAGCCAAGGCCUCCCCCAACAUCGCGUCGCACCGCGCUGGCGCCACACCGCUGCUGCUGGCGCUCAUGGCGGACUCGAGCAGUUCGUCGCAGCCGUUGGUCACCGUGCUGUUGGACGCCAAGGCGGAGGUGACGCCGAGACUUCAGGUGGUUUCACAAGCCUAG